GUAGCACGACUUCCUUGGGUUAGCAGCUGCCAAGUUAAAGAUGUCCAUUUUUGCUGUAACAGUUUUUCUUCUUGCCAUAUCCAGCUUAGGAUAUUCGGGUCCAGCGUUUCCUGUAGCAAGCCCAUUUAAUGUUAUCCAAGUCUUCCCCAAGCCAUAUGAAUUCGGAUAUGAAUUUGGAGAUGGACUGGGAAUGAGCCAACAUCGCCGUGAAGUAUCUGAUGGAAACGGAAUCGUCAAAGGAAGGUAUGGAUAUCUAGAUCCCUUAGGAGUGUACAGAAAUGUCGAAUACACGGCAGAUGCUGAUGGAUACAAAGCUGUCGUUCGCAGCAACGAGCCUGGUUCUGCCAACCAAAACACCGGAGAUGCUGUAUAUGUGGUACAACUUCCUCCACCAGCUGCCGUUGCCCAAGGAUUAAGAGCCGGACUUCCUCGUCUGUCAGUUUGAAUUGCUUUUGUAAUUGUUAAAGGUCUGUUUCAUAAAUCAAUAUAACAAUAUCAGUGUGUUCUUGUAAUUCUUCAUCAUUGCCUUUGCAGAAUUGCUUUUAGAUUCGUAAUUUAUUAUUUCCUCUUUAGUACAUGCCAUAAAUAUUUAAAAAUAUUCCAGAAAAACGUUAAAAAAGUGAAUUAUUAAUGCAACAGAAUAUUUUUUUCUUGACAUAAAAUCAAGAGGAGUGGAGUAUAAGCUCACUUAAAGACUAAAGACAGUCUGAAAUGAGUAGCUAAAAUAUAAUGUACCUUUAAACGGGCCCAAUUCUUAGAAAUUUAAAAAAUAAUAAGCAGAAAUGACAACAAAUAACAGUCAAGUUGGAAAUAAGUAACAUACUGCAAAAUUAUCUAGAUUAUUUAAUAUUUCCGCUUUCAGGGUACAGUUAUUUCCAAAACUUCAUUAAACAGAAAUUGCUCUAAAUGCACGUUUUGUUUGUUAUUUUAUUAUUUGGAAGUAUUAUUUAUUUUAAAAAUUGCAGAAGUAAUUUUAAAAUUAUUGAUACAAAUAUAAAAGCAGAUCUGGAUAUUUUAUCAGAAUCACGACUGUUAAUUGUUCUUGUUAAAGGAGAGAUAAAGGGGAAAAUUAUUCGUCCAGAUUCCGUUUAUUUCUCUUUCUUCUCAAUUAGUUAUACAAUUCUCUCAAAGUGAGAAGAACAUCAUUUUCAGCAAAAUAAAACUGAAAAUAAAAUGAAAUUCUAACAAAUAAAUAAAACGCGUGAUGUAAAACUUAGAUUCCAACUUCUAAAAAUAUUCAAUUUGAUAUCUUUAUUAAUGAAUUUCUUUCUAUUUCUCUUCAAAAAGAAUCAAUUUUACCACAUUUUUCAAUGUAAUUUAUGUCUAGUAAACUGGUUUCUUACAAAGACAUCCUAGCUAAUCAUUAUUUUUCUUAUGACUUUUAAACAUGAAAAAUUACAUUAAUGGAAUUAUGAAGCAAACUAAUGUUCAUAAAAUCU